CCGCAGUGGAGAUGACGUCACCUGGUUGCAGCAUUAGAGCUUUGCUGAUGUGCGCAAAGUAAGAGAGGCUACAUGAUGCUUUCUGUUCCUGCUGCUGGAAUUGUUUUAAUACUAGCUUGGAUAAAUCCAAGUUACGCGCUCUAUUUCCACAUAGGAGAGACGGAGAAAAAAUGCUUCAUUGAAGAAAUUCCAGACGAGACCAUGGUCAUUGGAAAAUACAGGACUCAGCUGUGGGACAAGCACUCAAACUCAUUCCUGGCAGCCACUCCUGGCCUUGGGAUGCAUGUGGAGAUCAAGGAUCCCGAUACGAAGAUUAUCCUCUCUCGUCAGUAUGGGUCAGACGGACGGUUCACCUUCACCUCCCACACGCCUGGGGAACAUCAGAUCUGUUUGCACUCUAACUCCACCAAGAUGGCUCUGUUUUCAGGAGGAAAACUGAGAGUGCAUCUGGAUAUUCAGGUGGGAGAACAUACCAACAACUACCCGGAAAUCGCAGCUAAGGACAAACUCACCGAGCUGCAGCUGCGAGUCCGACAGCUGCUGGACCAAAUCGAACAGAUCCAGAAGGAGCAAAACUAUCAGAGGUAUCGCGAGGAGCGGUUUCGCAUGACGAGUGAGAGCACCAACCAGCGUGUCCUCUGGUGGUCCAUCGCUCAGACACUCAUCCUCAUCGUCACCGGCGUUUGGCAGAUGAAGCACCUCAAAAGCUUCUUCGAGGCCAAGAAACUGGUGUAAUGUCUGUCUGAGCAACGGCGGCAUUCGCAAAACAACAUGAAGCAGAGUAGACAGACUUGACUGAGCGGAAUGGAGAGAGACGCCCACCGUGGUCUUAAUAUCAGCCGUAAAUGGUAUGAGCUAAUUCUGAGGCAGUUAUCAGUCCUGGGCAAUUCUAGGCUAUUGUUAUUUUACAACACAGUAACACAGCAUUCAAAUUGCCUUUUUUGUUUGUUGUGUUUGUUGUGUUCUCUUGAAAACACUGGACCUGUCGUUUUUCUAUCUUCCCUUUCAAGAAGAAGCCGAGACAUUAGUGGACUGAGGUUGUUUUUAUGGUCAAAUGUUAAAGCUCUUACAAGUAAUAACCCGGGUAGUUUUAUUUAUACGUGAUUUAAUGUACUUAAUUUGUUUGUCCUUGUUG